AUGAGAGAACUCUUUUGGAACGACUUGAAAGAAAUUAGAGCAGGGUCUAAUGAAGCAUGGUGUUUUGUUGGUGAUGUUAAUUCUGUCAGAUGUGAUGCUGAAAGGAAUAAACCUGGUGGUGACUUAAGAAAUGUGAAUUUUCUCAAUAACUUUGUCUCGGAGCAAGAGAUGAUAGAUUUACCAUUACAUGGGGGGUCUUAUACUUGGAGCAACAAACUUGAAGACCCUUUAUUGUGUAGACUUGACAGGGUUCUGGUCUGUACUUUGUUUGAUUCACGUUUUAGUAAUGCUACACAAACGGUGUUGGUAAGAACAAUCUCUGAUCACAAUGCUCUGAUAUUGGAUUUAACUUCUUGUAUAAGGAAUAAUUCAAGCUUCAAGAUCGAAACUCAUUGGAUGGAGCAUCCAUAUUUUGUUAAGCUGGUUGAGGUUUGGUGGAACACUUUGGAUUACACUGGAGCCCCAGGCUUUGUUCUUUUCAGGAAGUUGCAAAAUUUGAAGUAUUUCAUUAAAAAUUGGAGCAAAAUAACUUUUGGGAAUGUAAAGAAAACUGAGGAAGAAUUGACUAAGAAGAUCAAAGUUCUGAAUAUCGUAGAGGAGAGUGCAGUUUUAUCUACUUCGCAGCGUGAGGAAAGAGCGGUUUUAUUGAAGAAGCUUAAUGAUGUUAAGAUCACAAGGGCAAGGAUGGCGUACCAGAGAGCAAAGGUAAAAAGUUUUAAAGAUGGGGAUAAAAAUACACGGUAUUUUCAUACUAUUGCUAAUGGUAAGAGGAGGAGGAAUUGCAUUACCAAACUUGAGAUCAAUGGAGUGGAUGUCUUUAACCAGGAUGCCAUUAAAGCAGAAAUUCAUCAAUUUUAUACUGAUUUAUUUACUGCCAGGACUUCAGUUACUCCUACUUUUGAUAACUUGAAAUUCAGGAGGAUCGAUAGCGUUCAACAACAAUGGAUAGAAAGGGUGUUUGAGGAGGAAGAGGUUCCUAAGGUGAUUAAGUUGUGUGGAGCUAACAAGGCUCCAGGCCCUGACGGCUACAACUUAGAGUUUUACAAAGUUUGUUGGAAUAUUCUGAAAGGUGACAUCAUGGCUGCUGUGAAUGAAUUCUUUAGUAAAGGGAGAUUGGAUUGGAGGCUUAAUACAUCUUUCUUAAAGCUCAUACCAAAGGAGGAUUCUUAUACUGUUGGCUGA